CGGCCGCCGGCGCCACCCGCACCGGCAGCGCCCGCCCUCGGCCCGCGGCCGCGUCACGGGACGGCCGCGGCGGUGAGAGGCGGAGCGGCCCCCGCUCGCCGCCGCCGCCGCCGCCGCCACCAUGUCGGGCAAGGACCGCAUCGAGAUCUUCCCGUCGCGGAUGGCUCAGACCAUCAUGAAGGCUCGUUUGAAAGGAGCCCAAACAGGUCGUAACCUCUUGAAGAAAAAAUCUGAUGCUUUGACACUUCGAUUCAGGCAGAUCCUUAAGAAAAUUAUUGAGACUAAGUUGCUGAUGGGUGAGGUGAUGAGAGAAGCUGCCUUUUCACUUGCUGAGGCAAAGUUUACAGCAGGAGAUUUCAGUACCACUGUGAUCCAAAAUGUGAACAAAGCUCAAGUCAAGAUCAGAGCUAAGAAGGACAAUGUAGCAGGUGUAACCUUACCGGUUUUUGAGCACUAUCAGGAAGGAGGGGACAGCUAUGAGCUGACUGGCUUGGCCAGGGGUGGAGAACAGCUGGCUAAGCUGAAGAGAAACUAUGCAAAGGCCGUGGAGCUGCUUGUGGAACUGGCCUCCUUACAGACAUCCUUUAUUACUUUGGAUGAAGCCAUCAAAAUAACAAACAGACGUGUGAAUGCAAUUGAACAUGUGAUUAUUCCCAGGAUUGAGCGCACUCUUUCCUAUAUCAUCACAGAACUGGAUGAAAGAGAACGAGAGGAAUUUUACAGGUUAAAGAAGAUCCAGGAAAAGAAAAAAGUACUGAAAGAAAAAUCUGAGAAAGAACGGGAGCUGCGAAGGGCUGCUGGUGGGGAACAUGAACCAGCUAACCUCUUAGCAGAAGAGAAGGAUGAAGACCUUCUCUUUGAGUAACCUGGUGCAGUUGUUAUAUUUGGAGCAGGGGACCCAGAAUACAGAAGGCCCAGUUGCAGUAUAAUUUGGGACAUGUUGCCUCAAUCAUACUUAAGUGGCUUCUCAUUUGGUGUAUAAGUCUUGAGUUGACUGGGUUGUGGAUUUCUCCUGGGAGAUUAGAAAUCUGGGAACUUGACUGUAGCAUAGGAGGAAAAUGAGAGAUCAGUAAGGUGCUUUAUUAUCAGGAAAGCCUUCUGUUGUGUGCUCAAUCUGUUUCUUCAUUUAAUAGGAAUGAUUGUCCAUACCUGUUUUGCAUGGUGGCUCUGGAUUUGCCUAAUCAGAUUCCCUUUUAAUCAUUCCUCUUACCACUGCAGGCAGAGGAAAAUGUUAUUUAGGGAGGGAGAUACAUGCACUGUUCUUUACUGCUGAAAUGUGAAUUAACUUGAAAGUUGCUUAAAACAGGUAUUGGUACAACUGAAGUCAAAUUUAAGUAAACGCAACUCCAGUUUUCUAACCUGUUGAUGAAAUCCACAGUCUUUAUGAUUUAUUUCUGUUGCAUGAUUGUUACCACUGGCCUAAAACAUCUGUGGUUUUAAUUAGAGGUUCUGCCAAUUUGUGUAUUCUGUGCUAGAAACAAGUAAAAGUUCUAAAUGUUAAA